UGUGGCGGGGCCUUCAUCUCUCGCAGCUGGAGCUCCGGGUCUCAUCUUUACUCCUCUGUGUCCUCUACUCUUAGAGGUCUAAUCUCUGAGGCCCUGUGACCUGUAGGUAUUGGGAGCUGGACCCCCUGGAAGCCUAGAAAUGGGGCCGUUGACAUUUAGAGAUGUGGCCAUAGAAUUCUCUCUGGAGGAGUGGCAAUGCCUGGACACUGCUCAGCAGGAUUUGUAUAGAAAAGUGAUGUUAGAGAACUACAGGAACCUGGCCUUCUUGGGCAGAUCCGAUCACUUUUCUGCAGCAAGGAAAAGAUCCCUGGAAUAUGAAGAGACACAGUAUGGCAGCCACACCCCCAGAUGGAAUCUUACUCUGUCAGAGGCUGCAGUGCAGUGGCUGGAUCCUGGCUCACUGCAACCUCUGCCUCCUGGGUGGGGGUGAUUCUCCUGUGUCAGCCUCCCUAAUAGCUGGGACUACAGAUGCGUGCCACCAUGCCCAGGUGAUUUUUGUAUUUUUAUUAGACAGAUUUCACCAUGUUGGCCAGAAUUGUCUCAAUCUCUUGACAUUGUGAUCCGCCCACCUCGGCCUACCAACGUGCUGGGAUUACAGACUUGCGCCACCACACCCAGCUAUCUAUAGUUUUUUAUGUAUAAGGUUAUUCCUCAAACAACUUUUUACUAAUUUGUCUUCAAUUUCAAUGAAUAAAAAAAUAUGCUUUUUAUUCAUUAUUUUGCCACAUAUUUCCAGUGCUGUGUUAAAAUAGAAGCAUUGACAAUGGACACAAUAUAGUUUUAUAUUGGUGUCUGUGAAAACAAACAACUCCUCAAGUUUGCAUACACUGAUUUCAGGAGGUAAAGAUCUUUUGUUGGCUUCUCAGGGUUCUAAAAUGCCUCCGGGGUUUGUAGUGAAUUGGGUUGUAACUUGGUCACAAGGCUUCUGCGUCUGCACUAGGGUCCACAUUUAGUUGGCUUGUUACAAGGGGCUUAGGUAGUUGUAAUUCCCAGUGUGUUUUGUUUUUUUUAAUUGAAUAUUCUUCAGGACUUUUACAUGUGGAGCAGGCACUAGAGUAGGUUUCUACAGUCAGGUCCAUAUAAAACGGCCUUUAUAUCAGGAUGUGAAUGAGUACGGCUUUCACUGAGUACCAGAGAAAAUUUCUGGGUUUCUGUAUAGACAGAAUAGGCCAUGAACGGUUCCCCAUGGAACUGGAACUGAGUCAGUGACCUGCUUCAGGGACCACAGUAAAGAUCAAGGUCUAUAGGCCUGCCUGCAUGGCUACAAAUGGGUAUCUUCCUCCAGGUCUCAGGAAUGCCAGGACCUCUCCCAAACUGUAACUGGGAGGAGUUUGAGAUGGUUUCAGAGUAACUUCAGAAUUAUCUCCCAAACUGUAACUGCGGGGAGUUUGAGAUGCCUUCAGAGUAACUUUAGUAUUCUCAGCGAGACCAAGUUGGCUGGGCCAUUUCUGUAUCUGUAGCCAAGAUCAGGGGCCCUGUAGUUUCCCACAUGAAUGAGGACCUGCCCUUUGAAAAGGAACACUCCUCAAUGUUGGGCUUCAGCAGAGUUUCACAACUCUCUCCCUAAAUCUCAAAGCUCUCUUAAAGGCGUUUAUACUGGAGACAAGGUCUUGCUUUAUUACCCAGGCUGGUCUUGAAGUCCAGGCCUGAAGCAGUUCUUCAACCUCUAUGUACCAUGUAGUUGUCAUUACAGAUUUGAGCCAUGAUGCUUGACUCCCUCAUAAGGCAUUUAUUUAAGAAAUGGAUGAGGCAUUUUCUUGUUGAGGGAGGGAUAAGCAAAUAUAGCUGUUUUCAUUUUUUGAUCCUACUGAUGUUUCUCUUGCUAUACAUUUUUAUUUUCUAUCUUCUAUUUUAAAUUGAUCUGUAAUUCUAGAUUAGGACAUUUAGGACAGUAUGCCAGAAUGUACAUGUAAUGCCUAAAAUAAUUAAGAUAAUUGGUAGACACUCCAUGUGUAAUAAAAUAGUUACUUAUAAAUUUAAAUUUUCUUCAGGCAAAAAAAAAAAAAAAAAACCAGGAUUUUUCCCUGCCUGUUUUAGCAUAUGUCUAAAUGAUAAUAUAAUUUAUUGCUAAAUAUUUGUUUAAUAUAUCAGAGGUUUUAAAUAUAUUUUGAAAAAAUAUAUUUUUUAUAUUUAGCAAUGUAAGGCUAUUCGUUGCUUCUAAAGUUUCAUUACAGCCAUUUUAUUUUGUGUACAAAUAGCUUAUGUUUAAAACAUAAAAGUUAUCUUUUCUUUUUUUUUUUUUUCUUUUCUUUUUUUUUGAGAUAGCAUUUCACUCUUGUUGUCCAGGCUAACCUUCUGCCUUCCCAGUUCAAGUGAUUCUUCUGCCUCAGCCUCUUAAGUAGUUUUAAUUACAGGUGCCCGCCACCAUGCCCAGUGAAGUUUUUUGUAUUUUUAUUGGAAACCGGGGAUUCACCAUGUUGGCCAGGCUGGUCUUCAACUCCUGACCUCAGGUGAUUUGCCUGUCUCAGCCUCGCAAAGUGCCAGGCUUACAGAUGUGAGCCACUGCGCCUGGCCACUCAUUUUUUUUUUUUUUGAUGCUUAUUUAUUAAAAGUUUCUCCUUUGAAUAUUUUGUUUAUAAUUAUACUGAAUGCUCUCUGAAAUUUUACUGCCACACAGUGCAUGCCGAUGAUUCAAAAUACCUGCCUUUUAUGAGUACAGUUACAGUGAAAUACUAUAGUUAGAGAAAUUGUUUAAUGGUACAUUAAUGUUGCAUACCAGAUAUUAUGAGUGAACAUGUCUUUUAUUGCUGUGCAGUUUCAUAUUAGUGGUUUUUUUAGUGUAGGUUUCUUAACAUCAGCUUAUUGUGUUUUUUGUUUUUUCUUAUGUGUUUUAAUUUUAGUCAAUUGGCAAUUCUGUGCGUAUACUUUAAGUCAAUAUGAGGUUUAAUUAAAAGCCAUAUGUCGCCAGGCACGGUGGCUCACGUCUGUAAUCCCAGCACUUUGGGAGGCUGAGGCAGGCGGAUCACCUGAGGUCGGGAGUUUGAGAGCAGCCUGACCAACAUGGUCUCUUAAGAAAAAAAAAAAAUCUGGGCAGAAUGCCACGUGCCUGUGGUCCCAGGUACUCUGGAGGCUGAGGUGGAAGAAUCUUGAGCCAAGGAGUGUCCAGACUGCAGUGAGUGAGCUAGGAUGAUAACACUGCACUCCAGAAUUUAACAAUAUAUAUCUGUCUCUCUCCCUCUGUCUCUCUCCCUCCGUCCCUUCACCUCUCUCCCCCAUCUUUCUUUAAAAAAAUAAUAAUAAAAUAAAUUUUUAAAAAAAGAUAGCCAUAUGUCCGUCACAGAUUAGAUAUGUUUGUUUGUUUAUCUAUAAAUAUGACCCCAAUAUUGGUUAUAGCGUAACUUGUAUAUAUUCUUUGUUAGGUGAUUUUCAGUGGUUGUUUUAUCCUGUAUAAGCAAAUAAUCAUGGAAAAAUUUUUACCAUUUCUUAUUUUCACCAUGUAUUUAAUGAUGAAUACAUAUUUCUUUGUGUAAGAGAAACAUGUCUGUGGUGUGAAGGUAAUUUCUGAAAACAUUUAUGAAUCUGUAUUUUUUGCAGUUUUUCCUUUAGAAAAGUGUAAAAACAUGAAAUUUUGCAUCUUAAAUCUACUUAAGGGUACAUUUCAGGGUCAGAUAUGUAGGUGGCUCACAUCUUUUGUUUCAGAUAUUUCAGAGGCCAAGACAGGAAGUUCACUUGAGCUUAAAAGUUUAAGACCAGCCUGGGCAACAUAUAAAUAUUUCUUCUUUACAAAAAGAUAUUAAAAAAAUAGGCAUUGUGGUAUGCACCUGUGGCUCCAGAUACUUGGGAGAUGGAGAGAGGAGGAUUACUUGAGCCUGGCAGUUUGAGGCUAAAGUGAGCCUUACUUGUGCCACUUCACUUUAGCUUGAGUGACAGAGUGAGACCCUGUGUUGUCAGAAGUUUUACAUUUCAGGCAUGUUAAGUAUAUUCACGUUGUUAGGAAAAAAACUUCUAAAAGUUUUACAUCUCGUGAACCUAAAAGCAAAUACUCAUUAAGUAACAACAAUCCAUUUGCCCUCUCCCCAGCCCUUGACAAACGCCCUUCCAAUUUCUGUUUUUGUAUGUAUGACUACUUAAUACAUGUAAGUGAAAUCAUACAGUAUUCAUCACUUCAUUACUGGUUUAUAUAAUAGGUGAUAUAAUAUUUGCAAUGUUUACCUUAAAAUGUGACAGAAUUUUCUUUGUCAAUACUGAAUAACAGUGAUUUGUAGUAGCUUUAAAAACAAAUAAAAAGUACUGAAUAAUAUUCCACUGUAUGUAUAUGUUACAUUUUUGUUUAUAAAUCAAGAGACAUCUGAGUUGCUUCAGCCUUUUGUCUUUUGUGAAUAUGGGUCCAAUAAAUACGGAUGUUCAAAUAUA